AUGGGGUUUCAAGUUCAAGACAGAAGGUGUAUCAACUAUAAAGAUCAAUAUGGCAGUGUCUGGUAUGUCUGGCUCCUGCUGCUGAUUUUCCUGAUAGUUCUUCUCUGUGGAGUCAUGCUCUUCUGUAUCCAGUGCUGGCUGAGACCCAAGAUGGACUCUCCAAGAUGUACAGUGGCUGUUUAUGCUAUUGGAGACAUAGACCCUAAAUAUGGGACAGAAGCAGCUGUGAGUCCAACUGUUGGAAUUCACCUUCAAACUCAAAACCCUGGAUUAUAUCACAUUCCCUGUUUUGGCAUCUCAGGUCCCCCUCCGCCAUACGAAGAAGUCCUAAAAUCAAGUUCCUUUUAG